UGCAACCGUUCCUCUCACUUCCAUAAAUAUCACACUCCUCAACCCUUUUCCAAACCCUCACUCACUCUCUUCUUCAAUAAACCCUAAUUUCCUCAUUCUCUCAAAACCUUAUCCAUUUCCUUAAACCAUGUCUACCUCUGCAACAUCCUUAGUACUUCCAUCUCUCUUCACCAAAAACUCCCCUCAAUGUUUCUCUUCACUCCCUUCUCUUUCCCUCAACCCUAAUUUCAAACCCUUUUCCUUUUCCUCUGUUUCUCUUCGUCCAUCUUUGUCUAUUUCCCAUCGUUUCAUUUCUCGUGUCGCUGUUUCUUCUGAAUUUGACCAGGAAGAAGAUACCUUUGAUGAUGGUGAUGAUACCCCUAGUUAUUCUCCUAACCAGAGGUUGUUUGUUGGUAACCUUCCUUUCAGUGUUGACAGUGCUCAACUUGCUGAGAUUUUUGAAAACGCUGGGGAUGUUGAAAUGGUCGAGGUGAUUUAUGAUAAGAGUACUGGAAGAAGCAGAGGAUUUGGUUUUGUUACUAUGUCUUCUGCAGCUGAAGUUGAAGCGGCUGCUCAGCAGUUGAAUGGCUAUGUGGUGGAUGGAAGAGAAUUGAGAGUGAAUGCUGGACCACCACCUCCUCCUCGUAGUGAGAACUCCCGUUUUGGUGAGAAUCCUCGUUUUGGUGGUGAUCGUCCAAGAGGUCCUCCAAGAGGUGGUUCUUCAGAUGGUGACAACCGUGUUCAUGUUGGUAACCUUGCUUGGGGUGUUGACAACUUGGCACUUGAGUCAUUGUUUGGUGAACAAGGACAGGUUUUGGAAGCAAAGGUAAUCUAUGACAGGGAAAGUGGAAGAUCUAGAGGAUUUGGCUUUGUGACUUUCAGUAGCGCUGAUGAGGUCGACAGUGCUAUUCGAACCUUAGAUGGCGCGGACUUGAAUGGCAGAGCUAUCCGAGUCUCACCGGCAGAUAGUAGACCAAAGCGUCAAUUUUGAGGAUUUUGCCUUUCAUCUAUACCUGAUCAAGAGAGGACUUGCAGGUAGUUGGGAGUAUGUGGCUGCAAUUCAUCUAUGUUUUCCAACUGUUUGUGAAAGAAUGCACUUCAUACUUGGUAUCUACACACAGUAGCAGUACCUAACAAGCUUCAUUCUGUAGAAGAGAUAAUACUCUCUUGAAAUUUGAUCGUGUGCUCUAGAUUAAAUAGAUUUUAUUUUAAACUGAUUUGUUGUUGUAGUCUGUAUUUUACUGCUUUAUUAGAGUAGACCGUUCGAUGUUCAGUAGUUACCGUGAUUCAAUUUUGCAACGAUAUUGUGGAAUGAUUUUACCAUUGCGAAUGUGCCUGGAAAAUCAUCAACCAGUAUUAUGUUAUGGAUUACUCAUUAUGUUGGAAAAUAUUAUGCAUGGAUUUUGGUGAUGUUUUUAGUUCUGUUUA